AUGAAGGAAGCCCAAAGCUUGAAUGGCAAACUUGCCGCACUUAGUCGUUUUCUCUCUCGAGGCGCAGAUAAGCAGCUCCCUUUCUUCAAAAUAUUGAAAGGCUGCACCAACAACAAGGAUUUUGCAUGGACGGACGAAGCAAACAAAGCUCUGGAACAAAUGAAGGAGUACAUCGCAGAUCUACCAACACUCACAGGUCUAAAUCCAAAAGAAACACUUUUCGUAUAUCUGAUAGCUUCACCCGAAUGCGUAAGUGCAGUAUUGGUAACCGAAAGGGACAGGCGCCAAAUAUCGUUCUACUUCGUGAGCAGAGUCUUGCAUGGCGCGGAGGCCAAUUAUCCAGAACUAGAAAAACUCACAUUAGCAUUGGUUCACGCAACACGCAAGUUACGAAGGUAUUUCCAAGCGCACCCUAUUGUCGUGUUGUCUGAUAAACCAAUAAGACAAAUACUGCUAAAACCAGAAAAGUUAGGAAGGGUAGCCAUAUGGGCCAUCGAAUUAGGGGAGAACGACAUAGAGUUUAGGGCCAGACAUGCAAUUAAGGGACAGGUGUUGGCUGAUUUCAUCACUGAAGUCCAUGAAGGAAAGAAUUCAAUGACACAUUCUGUGUCAUUGGAUGUGGUAGGAAAUGUUGAAAGUGACACCUGGAAAUUAUAUACUGACGGGGCCGCUAGCUCCGAUGGUUGCGGCGCCAACCUUAUGUUAAUUAGCCCAGAUGAGAAAGAAUUCACCUAUGCACUAAGGUUCAAGUUUGAAGUAACAAACAAUGAGGCCAAAUACGAAGCACUGUUAGUAGGGCUGCGAAUCGCAAGAGAUAUGAAGAUCCGAAAUAUCCAAGUAUAUGUCGAUUCCCAGCUGGUGGCAUGUCAAGUAAAAGGGGAAUAUGAUGCGAAACAAGGCACAACCAAGUCAUACCUGCGGAAAACAUCUAUGCCUCCCAUUUACGAAUUCCUAAUAAGUGGGAUAAUCCUAACAGAUAAAGAUGAAGCCCGGAAAAUAAGAGUCAAGGCUCCGCAAUAUAAAAUCCUCGACAAGAAAUUAUAUAAAAAAGGGUUCGUCACACCAUGGCUCCGCUGCGCAGGGCCUAAGAAGGCGGAAAUGAUUAUCAGGGAGAUACACGAAGGAAUCUGCGGAGCCCAUUCAGGAGCACGAUCAGUCGCUACGAAGGCCAUGAGGUUGGGAUAUUUCUGGCCAACCAUGCAUCAGGACUCCACAGCGCUGCUAAAGAAUUGCGAGGCCAGCCAGCUACAUGCUAACAUCCCAAGACAACCAAAGAAUGAUAUGACCUCGGUUAUUUCGGCAUGGCCCUUCAUACAAUGGGGAAUCGAUCUCGUAGGGCCACUCCCCGAAGCUCGGAACAAGAAAAAAUUCUUGGUGGUAGCCAUUGAUUAUUUCACAAAGUGGGUUGAAGCAAAGCCGCUCGCUUCAACGAACGGAGAUAAGAUGAAAGAAUUCGUAUGGGAACACAUCAUAUGCAGAUUUGGGAUACCACACACAAUAGUAUCCGAUAACGGGCCAUAA